AUGAAUACUUCAGAAGAUACUAAUAGACAUACUUUACCUUCAUUAUCACAAAUUAUGCCACCACCUCAACAAAAUGAUUCAACUUCACCUAUAAUAACAAAUGGAUAUUAUACUCAACAACCUCAACAAACACAACAUCAAUCUGGUUAUAUAGAUCCUUAUUCACAAAUUUCAACUGCUCAAACUACUCCAACUAAUUCAUAUACAGGAUUUGAUAAUACACAUAAUAAUAAUUCUGUUGUUCAACAAUCAUCAAAUAAUUCACCAUCUGAUUCAACCAGUACCAAUUCACAAUUACAAUGUAUUUGUAAAACUAAUCCAAAUAAAAUCCCAAGACCAAGAAACGCGUUUAUAUUAUUUAGACAAAAAUUUCAUCAAACAGUAUUAGAUGAAGGUACAGUAAUAAGAACAAAUCCUGAAGUUAGUAGAGAAUUAGGUAAAAGAUGGAGAUCAUUAAACUCAAUUGAGAAACAACAUUGGAAUAAUUUAGCAGAAGAAGAAAAAAAAAAUCAUGAAUUAAAAUAUCCUGGUUAUAAAUAUGCUCCAAGAAGAAAUGGUAAAAAUAAAAAUUGUUUAGUUUGUAAAGAUAAACCAUCAUCAAAUACAGCAACAAAUCAAAAGCAAUUAGCUAAAGAACAAUUAAAAGCUAAUAGAUUAGCUGCUAAAAAACAAGCUCAACAAAUUCAACAACAACAACAAAUAAAUUUACAAAGACAUCAUUCAGAGGCUGCAAUUGCUGCUUCAAAUGCUUUAUUAGUUAGUUCAACUAAUCAAUCAUCACAUUUACAAACACAAGAUAUUUUUAAGGCUCAAGUAUAUAAUAAUGGUAAUUCAAAUUUCAUUUAUCCUCCACAACCAUUUCAUUAUUCAACCGGUAAUAAUAAUGGUUCAUUAUCAGCUGCAUCUACAACUUCAUCUUCAUCAACUACAAAUUUACCAUUACCUAAUAAUUAUAAUUAUAUUCAACAACAAGCUCAACAACAACAACCAACUUCAACUACAUCAUUAACUUCAAUGCAAUUCUACGACCAUGAUAAAUUAUCACCAUUAUCACAUCAACAACAAGGUCAACAACAACAAGAUCCACAACAACAGCAACAACAACAACAUUAUGCUUCUCAUUUAAGUUCAAACAAUACUGCAGGUCCAGUAAUAGUUGAUUAUCAAGCUAAUGUUGUUGGUGGAUUGUUACAUCCUCAACAACAUCAUCAACCAUUUUUUCAAACUGCUCCUCCACCUCCAAUUUCUCAACAUAAUACUGGUACUUAUGGAUUUGAUAAUUUUCAUCAAUGA